AUGUAAACCCAUUUCCCUCAAUUUUUCUCACCUCAGAUUUCUCUCUUCCCAUGAGAAGCAAGCGAAGAUCAAUGGAUAAAAAAACCACUUUACCCCAAGAAACCCUAACUGACAUCCUAUCGAGGCUCCCCAUCAAAUCUUUAACCCGUUUCGAAUCCGUUUCUAAACCCUUUUCUGCUCUGAUCAACUCCCCUGAUUUCAUCUCCGCCCAUCUCCACCGUUCUUCUCGACAUUUCACCUUUUUUAUUCGCCACUUUCAUAACCCAUCCGGGUCUAACUUCUCUUUUUCACUGACCAAUAACCAACCCAUUGAUGUUGAGAUUCCUCUUUUGGGCUCCUUAAUUAGGUUCCCAAAAAUUGUUGGUUCUAGCAAUGGUCUUGUUUGUCUUGAUAUCUCUUCUUGUUAUGCGAGGGGGUUUGUUUUGUGGAAUAUUGCUAGGAAGCAGUAUUCGUGUCUUCCUAGUCCAAUAAUCAGUGAUUCUCGUGGGCCCUUUUGGAUGGUCUCAACUGGGUUUGGAUUUGAUCGGGAAAAGAAUGAUUACAAAGUUGUGAGGAUUGUGGGUUUCGCCUGCGAAAAGGGUGAAUCACCUGUUGUAAUGGUUGAGGUUUUUUCGUGGCGGACUGGUUGCUGGAAAGUGAUUGAUGGAAGAGCGAUUGGGGCUUGUGUUAUUCAUGAAGGACACAACGGCGUGGUUAUUAAUGGAGGAUUGCAUUGGUUGGGUAACAGUGCUGGAAAAUCAGGUGGUAUUCAGAAGUUUAUACUGUCAUUCGAUUUGAAUACUGAAGAGUUUAGGAAGAUACCAACACCUGAGUUUUCCGCCGGAGUUUGUGUUAAAAUUAUGGGGUUUAAAGGGUUACUUGCACUGGCAUAUUAUCCUUCAAAGGGUCUGGUUGGAAGACCUGCUGCGACCGAUCGAGUUGAGAUAUGUGUAUGGGAUGAUUAUGGUGGUGCUGAUGGUAAGUAUUGGACUAAACUGAAUUCUCUUCAAUUAAAUGCUCUUGGAUACCCUGUUGGUGUUACAAAUGAGACUGGAUUGAUAAUGAGGAAAUUGGAUGGACAGUUUACUCAAUUUUUCUUGUGUGAUCCAAGUAAUCAAAAUUACAGAAGGCUGCAUAUUUGUGAAGCUACCUACUCAUGUGACAUUCACAGUUAUGUGGAAAGUUUAGUUCCAGUGAGUGCAGGACAUGAUCAUCGGGUUAUAGAAGAGGAGGUGCUUAGUGAGGUCUAAUUGGAGUCUGGAAUCUGGAGUCUGACUCCAAGGGUAUAUAAAUAUAUGUUUGGGGUAGGAUUUUAUCAUCAACUACUAUGAAGUAAUGUAGUUUGAUAAUAAUAACUCAGCUUCUUUUUUUUGUGUUUUUUAGGGACUAGUGCUUUAAUUUUGACUUGCUUACAGUGAUAACUGAAGUGAAGUGAACCAAAAUGAGCUUACUAGCACAUGCUUUUUUCAUCAUGGAGUGUGUUUGCCCUUCUCAUUUUGGCUGCUUUGAUGCCUUAUAAAAUAGUCUUGUUGGUUUUGCUCUA